AUGGCACGUCAACUACUUUGUCAUUCAAAAAAAAAAUGUCAAUAUAACUCUGAUAGUGAUACUAACGCUAAAAGUAACAAUAUUGAUCCAAACUUGAAUGAAACAGAUACACUUAUCGUUGAGAAUCUUAAUCACGUGUCUAAAUCUUCAGACUAUCGAAUAUU